GUGGUGUGCAAAGGUCCAGUAAGCAAACCAAUAAGAGUCUGCCAAGUUCACUGGCGAGUUUCCCCCUCCCAUCUUAAUGACAAGGGGUGUUCAGCUUAUAACCCCACCAAUUUGACCAAUAUGCGACUUUUACAUACUCAAAACCAAGUGUUUGCAUCGUUCGACGGCGAAUCGGUACCUCCAUAUGCGAUCCUUUCUCAUACUUGGGGCUCGGAGGAAGUCACCUAUCAAGAUAUGGUGGCUUGGAUAAGCAGGGAAGAGAAAUGUAGUAUUCACCAAAAGAGAGGUUUCUUCAAGAUUGAGCGUGCCUGUCAUCAAGCAUUUCAUGACGGUUUAGAAUGGGUGUGGAUUGACACGUGCAACAUUGACAAAAGCUCUUCGUCAGAGUUAUCAGAAGCCAUUAAUUCCAUGUUUCAGUGGUACAGAAAUGCAGCUGUCUGCUAUGUGUAUCUCGAGGACAUUAAAUACGAUGAUCUAGAGCCAUCGGAAGGUGUCGCAAGAUAUAAACUCGAAGUUCUACGAUCAGCCAGAUGGUUUUCUCGUGGGUGGACUCUGCAGGAGUUGAUUGCUUCGGAGAAGAUCAACUUUUUUUGUACUGUUCCAGAGAACACUCAAUGGUGGUUUAUAGGGUCCAAGGAAACAGAAUCCAAGUACCUGGCAGCAAUCACUGGUAUCGACAGAGCUGUACUGGAGGAUCCUGAUCUUCUCCCCACCGUGAGCGUGGCUCGUCGUAUGUCAUGGGCGGCGCGCCGACAAACAACCCGACCCGAAGACAUUGCUUAUUGCCUACUUGGGGUCUUUCAAGUGAACAUGCCUCUUCUAUAUGGCGAAGGGGCAAAUGCCUUCAUCCGAUUACAAGAAGAGAUUCUCAAAGAUUCUGAAGAUGAGUCUUUAUUCGCCUGGACAGAACCGGAAGCAUCCAUCAAUCGUCAACAGAAUGACGGUAUCUUAGCCACGCAUCCAAGAGCGUUUAGCGAGUCCUCUCAGAUCGUCCCGUACGCGUCAAAGCUAGAGCCAUAUGCCAUGACGAAUCGCGGUUUACGCAUCGAAUCACGUUUCAUUCCCUUCAUCGAUUCGAAUUCAUCUUAUCGUCAAUCGAUCUCCUGUAUCCUGCAUUGCCGCUACGAAAGCACCUUUGAAAGCUCCAUCUCCAUUGCAAUUGAAAUGGACACUUCUACAGGUAGAUACCGGAGAUCAAGAGACAGGAACUUGCGGACUUUGCGAACCAUCAGCAAUGACAUAGCAAAGAUUGCUUCUACAAGGACAAUCUACAUCCACAAAUGCGGGCCCUUCCGCACACGCGCACUCCGCCAAUGUCACAUCUCCAAUUAUCCAACUUCCAAUGGAUUCAAACUAGAAGCAGCUAUUGCCUCGCAGAUUGAGCAUGCAAUUCCUAUCGGUGGUCUUCUUCUCAAUGGGACGCCGGAGUAUGCUCCAGGCAAAGUAAAAAUCCCUUGGAGUCUAAAGCACCGUGCCUUGAUUGCCCCAGCAACAACACACGGAUAUUUCAGCGCUCUAUGGUUCUCUCGGGCAUCUUCUGGUGACCGAAGGAGUAAUAGUGAAGGUUUCAUCGCGCUCAUGAUCUUACCCAACAAAGUUGAAGACUUCGAUACAGCACCACCCCCAGGGGUCUUUUUGACGCCUCUCAUGAAAACACCUAACCGAUCGGAGCUUCACCUCCCGCUGGAAACCGGUUUCAAGAAGAUCGAAUCAUGCGAAUCUACCUUAGAUCUUGGAGAUGGCAUUGUUGUUGCCAGUUUGACACUGGAAGAUCAAUUCGGUGACGACACCUUCGUUCUUGAUAUCGUAUUUAAGCAUACGGCGAGUCACGCCACUGCUGAACCUCAAAGCCUGAAAGUGGUACCACCACCGGAAAUCAAAGUCUUCGAUUCUCAAAACCAAGAUAUCACUCUAUUUGGACAUGAAAAUCUGGGUGUGUCUGGGUCUAGCCAAACUCCACAAAGUUGCGGUUUGCUGCGACUUCCUACCGACUGA